AUGACAUCCUUAGAUUUUCAUAAACUAUGCCCUCUGGCUUAUUGCCUUGUCUUAUUCGUACAACUUAUUUCACCGCCAAGUUGUGUUGCUUUUGCUUAUGCUACUUCUACUACUGAAGCAGAAGCGCUUCUCAAAUGGAAAGCCACCUUUCAAAACCAUACCCACCUGCAAAAUCUCACCUCGUGGGCUUACCUACCCGCUCAUACAAAAGUAGCCCCAUGCUUCUGGACUGGUAUUUCAUGCAAUGCUGUUGGAAGUGUCAGUGUGAUAAACCUUACCAAUUCCGGUAUACAAGGUACGCUACAUGAGUUUUCAUUCUUGUCUUUCCCCAAUCUUCAAUACCUUAAUCUCAGCUACAAUAAUCUCUUUGAUGUAAUUCCAGCUCAGAUCAGUUCCCUUUCCAAACUCAUCUCUCUUGAUCUUUCUAACAAUUGGCUCAGUGGUUCAAUCCCAACAUCCCUCGAUGAUCUCACAAACCUUACCACUCUCUAUCUCCAGAGUAAUAAUCUUUCUGGCACCAUUCCUAAAGAGAUGGGGAAAUUAAAAUCUCUUGAGGUGCUCAUUUUGUAUGAGAAUCAGCUUAACGGUUCAAUCCCAUCAUCCCUAGGUCAGCUCACAAACCUUAACACUCUCUAUCUUUAUAGCAAUAAUCUUUCUGGCACUAUUCCUAAAGAGAUAGGGAAAUUGAAAUCUCUUGUGGACCUAGAAUUGUCUGAGAAUCAGCUCAGUGGUUCAAUCCCAUCAUACUUAGGUCAGCUCACAAACCUUACCACUCUCUAUCUCGAUAGUAAUAAUCUUUCUGACACUAUUCCUAAAGAGAUAGGAAAAUUGAAAUCUCUUGUGGACCUAGAAUUGUCUUAUAAUCAGCUCAGCGGUUCAAUCCCAACAUCCCUAUGUGAUCUCACAAAUCUUACCACUCUCUAUCUCUACCAUAAUAAUCUUUCUAGCACAAUUCCCAAAGAGAUAGGGAAAUUAAAAUCUCUUGUGGACCUAGAUUUGUCUGAGAAUCAACUCAGCGGUUCAAUCCCAACAUCUCUAGGUGAUCUCACAAACCUUACUGCUCUCUAUCUCCGGGCUAAUAAUCUUUCUGGCUCCAUCCCCGAAGAGAUAGAGAAUUUGAAGAAGUUGGCUACACUGCAAUUGGGUAAUAACCACUUAAUAGGUUAUAUACCCCAAAAUAUUUGCUAUAAUGGACAACUCCAAAACCUUUCAGUGAGCAAUAACCAUUUGACUGGUCCAAUCCCCAAAGCUUGA